AUGCAGGACUCUGAGCGAAGAGCCCCAAGUCAUAUAUCGACACCCCAGAUCCCCUUCAAUCCUAGCUCAAGUCGCGAAUCGAUCAUUUCCCCGGCCCGGAAGAGGGCUUCGCAUUCGCCGACCCCGAGUCGAUAUCUGUUGCAGAGCUCGAUUCCCUUGGCCAAGCGGAAUGGUUGCGCCCGCCUGCAGUCGUGCAGGGACAUGCGUUUAGGCCUAGACGAGAUAUGGUCGAUCCAGGAGGGAUCCCUGGUUCUGUGCAUCAACCCAUCCUUUACCAUAUCCGACCACGUGCAGCCGAGAUGGGAUGAGCUUGAGCUCGUGGCCGGAGAAAUCCUGGUCGUCUGCCGCCUGUAUGCCGAUUUGUGGGCUCUUUGUGCCAGUGCUUCGUUUCCUUCCGCCGCAAAAUCCAACGAGACGGCCAAUGCCCAGCCAAUGAGCCUUGCAUUCGUGCCUCUCUGUGCAGUGACACUUGUAGCGAACUUCUGUGCUUUCAAUCGAAGAUGCAUCGAACAUGAUCUUCGCGACCCCAGUGCUCCGAGAUUUCCAGGAAACGGACUCCCUGUGAUGCCGCCUCCUCGUUCGUGCAGCCUCAUUGAUGGUAUGCAGCUGGCUCAGUCUGACCGACUGCAUAACCGACUUCCAGAGGUAGUAUCCGAUACGCUCAACAAGGUGUUGCCGGAGUGCGUCGAAGCUGAUUAUGUGCCCCUCGACCUUCAUGUCGGAGCCCUCCUGUCCAAUCUGAACCUUUCCAAUCUGAAAGUUAGACGCAAUCGCCAGUCACAAUGUCUAGGUAUACCCGCAGCGGUUGAUCCGCAACCGCAACCCACUGAGCCAGAUCCAAAACCUGCCUCCUCUGCAAGCCAUAGAUUCAGGAAACUGCUUGUACUUGCGUGAUUC